AUGUGCUCAUUUUUGCUUCUGUUCCUAAUUUUGAUUGUGGGAUUUGAUCUUCUUCGCGAUUCCACUCCUUACUGGAACACAGAAGCGUCGGGCCCGACGCUUACGACAGGGCGCCAGGAUCGACAAUUUCUCAAAAAGAUGGAUUUGCAGAUCGAACAGCAAGACCUCUGGCCGUGGAGAUGUGGACGUUGUCAGAGGAUCAACAAAAAGACAGCUAUAAAGUGCGCAGUAUGCAGUGCGCACUGGACGAGUGGAACUCGUCACAGUACCCAGCCGAAGUCAUCAGCGGGACAUCAUGGAGAUGCAACGCGUUGGCAGGACUGGGACGAAUGGUCCCAGGAUUGGGACGAUGCAUGGGGAGACCCACAGGAAGCCUGGAGAUGGACAAGAGAAAGAUCGCAAGCAAGGUCUCAAUCACAGGCAAGCACCAGAAGCAACAAAUCAGAUGCGUAUCAGCACAAAGGACGCAAACAGAAGAGCCAAGGGAAGGGGAAAAACACACAGAGGAAAGGAACAGGCAAGGAGACACAAGGAAAUAUGAGCUCCUCUCCUUUCUCGCCCUUGGCCACAGACAUGCCGCCUUGGCCUCCCCUGGAGAACAGUUCCAACGCUCCCAUGCCAACGGUAGCGCAAGCGUCAGCAGCGCAAGUGACAGACACCAUUGCGCAGAAAAAGGAAGUGCUGGGAGCAUUGAGAGCAGCCUAUACCGAUCAGUCAUUGAUGCCACAGGACACCAAGGACCUCAUCGCCAAGCUGGAGACAGAAAUAGAGAAAUUAGAAAAAGAAUUCAGCAAGGCCACCACCAAGAACCUGCACUCAGCCACCAAGGCCCUUGGCAAGGCACAGAAAACAUUGACCGAGACCUUGGAAGCCAAAAGAAUGCAUCGUGCAAGGUGGACAAAACAUGUGGCCGAGGCAGCCAAGACAUGGGAAGGGCAGCUGCACGAAUAUCGGCAGCAGCAAUCAGCCUUCCAAGAUGUAGCGGCAAAGGCAAGAACAGACAUAGAGAGUGCAAGAAGUGCGAUACAAACUCUCUCUGCAAAAGCCACGCAAGCUACCUUGGCCGCAAUGCCACCCAUCUCGGCUAUCAGUGCAGAGACAGAAGACCUGACGGGAGAUGCAGACAAGGAAGAGGAGUCGGCGCAACAGCAAUUGCAGACCAUCCUACAGAGCUGUGCAGCCUCACUAGGCAUGGAUCUUGCUGUCACCGUCAGUCCACAGAUAGCUGCAGAUCAGAUGGAGGACAAAGAAACAUCAGAUCAAGCGCGUCAGAAAAGGCCCCGCUCCAUGGAACCCUUUGGAGGUGGUGGUGCGCAAUCUGCCUCACAUGGGGAAGAUGGACAGAAAUCGUGA